UGUAAGGGAAGGGGUGCAUUGUGGUGUUUCCAUGGAAACAUUACCCGAUCGGGUACCCGUACUAACCGUGGAAACUACCCGAACCUGAUUUUCGAAGAAAAUGCUACCCAACUAAGCCUUAAUAAGGAGGCCCCCUGGUAACAGAGACCACGUUUGAAGGUCCCUUGAACGGUCGUCUUAGACAGGUUUCACUGUGCGUUAAUUCACUGACAUGUUUCUCUCUGCGCAGGGCAACCGGGCGGUAUCAUUCGACGAGAUCAACCUGGAAACGGUGCACACGUUCGAGAGAACUACCAGCUCUGAUGAAGAAGAGGAGGAGGAGGAAGAGGUCCCAGACAGAGGCCCACCAGCGCCGGGCUCCGGAGGUCUUCGUUCAGUACCGUCCAUCGCUACCCAGAAGGGUGGUGCCAGUGGGGCAGUGAGCGGCUUCCAGGCAUUCCAGCCCAAGUCGCUGUCGGACAAGGCGGAGGAGCCGGCAGCGGCCGAUGUAGAAGUGCCUUCGUGGCGCCAACAAGCAGCCGCAACGCCAACCAAGAAAGCCGAGCCCAAGGUCGACGACACUCCGGACAUGGCUCGACAAGCCGACUUGGUCGUCGAGGACAUAGAGGAUGCUCCAGCGUUGCUGUGGUAAAUAAAACGCAACUCCAAACCUCUUCCAAAUUCACAGGAACUGCUGCAAUAUGUUGUGACCUGGAGACGGGAAUUGGCAUUUACUACAACAGCGGGUGCCUCGAAACCAGUCAGCACCCCCUGCAAUUUAUUGGUGGCUCUUGGGGUGGACAAUUCUAUUUUCAAACUAGAAAUUCUUGACGAUAUUCCAUGACGAUGGUCACUUUUUCUCAUGUUUCCGUGAUUGCAUUGUGAAGAGCCAGACCGAGAACUGGGAAUAACAAUUUUAUUUACUUGUUUUUUAAAAAAAUUCAAAUUUAUCUAUAAUUAUUCUAUUCAGUUUUGUACAUAGAAUCAUAAUUAAUAAUUCUCCAUGCAUGUGCAUGUACAGAAGGAUAUUCAUCUAUUCGUUGAAAAAAGGACGUGUUUUCUCCUCUGGUA